CUCUCCUCCAUCUCUUUAGACACGUCGCUCUUUUAUUCUCUCUCCUCCACGACUCUCCACGUCUUUCUCGCCCUCUAAGUACGACUUCGAUAAUGUCCGCCAACUUCGUCGACCCGUCGACCCUCUCUUUGCCUUCGCCGCAAUCUGAUGUACCCGACUCACCGCGCUCCGAGCAUCUCGACAACACCGCUGGUCCUUCGCGCAAGCGGGCAAGGACCGACAUGAGCGCAGAGGAGCGCAAAGAGGCUCGUGCUCACCGCAACCGCAUCGCUGCCCAGAACUCCCGUGACAGACGGAAAGCUCAGUUCACCGCUCUGGAGCGACGAGUAGCCGAGCUAGAAGAGGAGAACAGGCAGCUACGCGCUGGUAUGACCUUGUCAGAUCUCCAGCAUGCGGACAUCAGACGCGCACAGGAACAGGAGCGCGAGAAAGCGCGGGAGCGAGAGAACGCAGAGCUCAAAGAGCGUAUCAAGUCUCUCGAGAAGGGGUGGGAGGCUGUCAUGAAGGUUCUCGCAGCCCAAGGUCUCCCAACGCCCUCUUCUUCCGCCGAAUCAACAACUUCCUCGUCAAACGAAUCUACCCCGCCAUCAUCCAGCAAUAACACUACCACCACCUUUCCCGUCCUAGUCCCAUCUGCACCUGUAUUUCCCAUCACUCCAUCACCGUCCAUCUCUGGCGCGAGCAUUGUCUUAGAUACGGAUGAGUCCGAGUCCACUCGCCACCUAGCACGGGUGGACUCCCGACUCUCGAAUCUACGUUCGCCCAUUCCGCCAGUUCUCUCAUUGAGGCGGAACUCGCGCCGACUCCCCUUGCCUACGACGCGGCGGCUUCAUCGCCAGCGAACGAGGCAGCAGUGGACGCCUGGAUCCGAGAAAUAUUCUCGGGCUCUCCCGUCAAUGCGCCGGCGUCUUCUUUGCCUGAAUGUGAUACUUUCGGCGAAGAGCCGGCGAUCCCAUCCUCCGCGGCCACCCCCACCAUCGAGGCGCCGCUGAUUGGGAUGCCGGAGAUCACGUCCGAGUGGGAAAACGGUGUGGAGAUGCAGAGACUGCUGGAGCUGUUUACUACGAUCCAGCCCGAUGGGGACGUCGACGUCCUUGCUGAUACUACUACACAAGCAGGUGACGACGUAAGCACGGCUUUGGGACUUGAGCUGUGCGGAGGGUGGAAUGUUGAGCGAGAGGCCGUACCAACAUCAUCUGGUGUAGGUGUGUUCUGAACAUAUGAGGCGCGCUGGCGGGUUCUCAGCUCAAAAAGUGUACAACAAAUGACUUUCCAUCUUCUUUCUAUGCCCUCAUUGGAUUUUACUCUCUUGGUUUCUGUUGUUACCUAAUACUCUCUCCGCAUUUCGUAUUUCUCUCAGCAUCGUAUUAUAUUCGGACCGGUCUCCUCUCAUUCACAUAUAUUUAGAUUCACCUCGAUUUCUGGCUUUCUUUUUGUUUGUGCCGUUGGACGAUGGACGUCACUUCUGUAUCUUUCUCUUUCUUU